GAUCGUCGAUGUUUUAAAUAGUUCGGACUUAUCGCCUUCUCUUACGAUCAAGACUACCAAAGCGUUCUCCAAAGAAUCUUCGGGCACUCGAGCAGUAAGGGCUAAUAUAGAAUCGUGAUUAGAGAUCAAAACAGUCGAUAGUUCCUGAAGGUAGUGGUAGUAGUACCUCUGUUAGUACGAGUGCUUCGAUAGAUUUAGGGUUGUUGAAUGGAGCUCCAAUUCAUCAUGGACAGUGGUGCGGACGCCUUGAACGGGACGAUAUGGUUUCCCAAUACACCGUCGCCGCCGUACGAGCAACUGUCUCCGGUUCGUCAGAACAGAUGUGACGCCAUCGCCACUCAGCACGCGUCAAUGGGAUAUCACAGUCCGCAAAAUUCUUUAUGGCAGGACAAGUACAACUCACCGAAGGAUUCUCCGGAGGACAGUGUCCAGAUUCGUUCCAGUAGCGAGUCACCUCAACACCUCAGCCCCUCGUCGGACAAUUCGCCUAAUUGCCAGCAGAGCAGCCUGAAACGUCGAGCCGGAGAGCCGUUGGCGCAGAUCACAGAGCUCGAGAAGAAGCAUGCUAGGAGAGAUGGAUCUGCGGGGAACAAUGGCUCAGGACAGGGAUGGUCGACGCAAGUGGAGGAGCUGGCAGAACAUCUUGCCGCUGAUUUCGAUGGAUCCUUGUCAGCGUUGGCAGCUUCUGACCUCGUAACAGCUGUCGCCUCCUACAACAUGAGCGAAGCUCUGCUCGCGUUGCCAUCGUUGACAGUGUUCAAGCAGGAGGCACCGUCGCCGGAGAACCAGCAAAAUUCCAAUUUAAACCACGUGUCACAAAGAACGAUCAAUUCGACGCCAGCAGUGAACAACGUGAACAGCUCCGCGGAGGCUGACAGUAACAAUAAUGGGCAAACAGCAAUUAGUCUUCAUCAGUUGCUUUACUCCUCGAGCGAAGAGUAUCCUCCGACAUCGUCUUCAGGGAAUCACGUCUCCUCCUCCUCUCAACAAGGAACCGAGCUCAACGAGGAUUGCCGUUUCCAAUACGUGCUUGCCGCUGCCACGAGUAUCGCGACCAAAGUGAACGAGGAGACGCUCACCUACCUAAACCAGGGUCAAUCGUACGAGAUCAAGCUGAAGAAACUUGGUGAUCUGUCUGCUUACCGUGGCAAAAUUCUGAAGGAACAUCCGACGUUUUUGUUUCAGUCGACAAUACGCAUAUGUUUCCACGAGAGGAGACUUCAGUACACCGAACGCGAACAAAUGCUCGCUUGGCAACGCGCGAGACCCGGUGAAAGAUUGCUCGAGGUCGAUGUUCCCCUUAGUUAUGGGAUGGUGGACGUUUGUCAACCGUCUCCGUCCAAUAAUAGCGUGGAAUUUAUGUGGGAUCCCACCAAGGAAGUCGGCGUUUAUAUAAAGGUGAACUGUAUAAGCACCGAAUUCACGCCCAAGAAACAUGGUGGGGAAAAAGGCGUGCCGUUUCGAAUCCAAGUGGAAACACGACUGCCUGGAGGCCCCCGUUUGCACGCUGCUUCUUGCCAGGUGAAAGUGUUCAAACUGAAGGGAGCUGAUCGAAAGCACAAGCAGGAUCGGGAUAAAAUAUUGCGACGACCGCCACACGAGCAGGACAAAUAUCAGCCGAGCUACGAAUGCACGGUUCUCUCCGACAUUCCCCUAGACUCCUUGUCACCGUCCAAUCUGAUCACACAAAAUGGAGGCAGCCCUUACGCUUCGACAGAGGCAAUAUCACCCCAAACUCGCCCUACCAUUAGCGGCAAUACUUCGCCGGUAGUCGCGCCCUUGGCACUCUCGGUUUCCAAUCCUGGCAUCGUCCCACUGGUUCCUGCCUCUGAUGCUGUGAAGGAAAACGUGGGAACAGCACCGGCUCUACCAUCGCCUGCGGCAAUUUUGCCCGAUCAGUCCUCGAUCGAAACUGAAGUAUCAUCAUGUUUGGCUCAAUUGUCACCUGAUGCAAAUGCGGCACAGACGACCACGUGGCUGCGUGCUGGUCGUUUCAACGCAUUCGAGUCCACGUUCGCUAGUUUCUCAGCUGCGGACAUUCUACGACUCUCCAGGGACGACUUGAUCCAAAUCUGCGGCCUGGCCGAUGGGAUUCGAUUGUUCAACGCGCUACACUCGAAAGCGCCCACCCCGAAACUCACCCUUUACUUCUCGCUAGAAGACAACGGUUCGCUCUGGAGAGUCGCCUACUUGGAGAGCCUGACCAGCAGCGCCUUGAUGAACAAACUGUUGAACACUUUAAGCUUGCCCCACGAUCGACUGCAUUCUGUGCUCUUCCUUGGUCCUCAGGGUAUCCACGUGCUGGUCACCGACGAAUUGGUGGCGAACAUGAAGGACGAGAGCAUGUACUUCGUUCAAACUGUCAAAGAUAACGCGAGCGAGCGCUACAAGCUACUUCUAAAACCUUCGUCGCGAUCCUAAAAAGGUACAUCAAUUGAUAAAUUAACUGCAACACUGCAUAAUAGAUCUCUCCCAUAGGGUGUAAAAAUUUUUGCCAAGCGUGUCUGUGAUUCGAUUGUUACGUAGUUGUGUGGAGGAGCGUAAGAGAGUAUGUUGCGUAACGAUGCGUUCUUUAUUUCGGUUGAUAUUGCGAUGACAAAUUUCCGUGGGAGAUUAUUUUUGGAUCAUUUGUACCCAAGUGUCGUUCGCCAAACACGUUUACCUUUUUAAUUCAUUUUAAAACGAUCUUUUCUAUUUUUUCUUUUUCGUGGAAUUGUGAAUUUAGAAGAAAAACGACGAUAGGGUUCACGAAGUUACGGACUUGGUUGGAAGAAACACGAGGAAAUUUGCUCUUACUCUAUAUGCAUAUAUAUAUAAUACUCACUAGCAGUUUCUUUCAGUGUAGUUAUUACUCGAGGAGAGAUCGAUACUUCUCUGGCGCUGAACGAUCGUGUUAUUUUCAGCAUUGAAAAGAUACCACACACGUAUAUAUCAGAUAUACAUAUAUUUUAUAUACAUUACUUUACACGGAAAUUUUAAUUAUCGUAAAAAUAAUAUACAUACGAUCCAGUUCGAUUCUAUUUCUCUUCUCACUUUUUAGUUUCUCUUCUUCGUUAGGAUUUAAGUAAAUCGUGUAGCGUCCGAAAGAAAAUUCAUUUAGGAAAUAACUUUCGCCGCGAGACUUGCGAUCGCCGCGAUUAUUCAACUUCUUGUGCCACGAGAGCAACUCUGAUAAAAUCUAGCAUGCUAUUGUUAAUCAUUAUUCAUCAGCGUCGCAGUUGUUACUAAGAGUUUACAGAUUUUUAACUAGAGCGUGGAUCGAUGACGCUGCUGAUGAAUACGAUCUCCGUUUACACAAAGUGUAAUAUUUUUUUAUCGUCGUGAAUAAUCUCGAUAAAUUACGUAGCCUAAACGGGGCGUGAAAGACACGGAGCCACCACUUUGCCGAAGCAAAGAACCAAGAGUAGAAUCGUCGAAAGUUUCUAUUCUUCGAUAUUUAAGAAAAGUAAUUUUUUGUUUCAUUCGUAGCGAAAGCGUUAGAAAUUAUUUAGUAAGCGCUUGACAAUUUUAAGAGUAACCACGAUUACUUUGCCAAGAAACAAGAAAAAAACCAUGUUUACUCUGUUUCGUAGUACAAACUGACGGAAGAUAAACGUUUUCCUUGAACGUCUUCGAGGAUCAUAGGGGAAAUAUACCAAGUAUUAUAAUCUAUUACCAAAUGUUAAAACAUAAGCUAGGAGUCGUUGCAAAGAAUCAAUUCCAGUACCGAUGAUAAAUAGUUACAAAUUCUCGAAACACGUACGUCGAUAGCCCACGAUACGUCCACUAACAUCCCUUCUUCUUUUUUUUCUGUAUCCUGCGUAUCGAUCAAGCGUACCUUUGAUACCUUGGGUUGAAUUAGUAGCGCGUUUCAAUGCUCAAUGCGACACGGAAACUGUGUUUCGUUUAGAGGAAGAAAAACACAGAAAGAAAAGAAGAAGUACAUCACACGAACUCGAAUUGCGUGACAAUCGAUAGGAUUGUGUGUUAGCAGAGAUGAACGGAGAAAGAAGAAACCUGUCGUUGUGUAAUUUUUAAUUUAGAUAAUUAUGUAAAAGUGAACGUCGAGAGCCUAGGAACUCGACGAACUUCCACCGUGACACGCGGAAGUUGCGUGUGAAUUCGGUUUUGCAUGCUGUUAUACUUCGAUUAGAAAUUUCGACGCAUGUCAUUGUAUGUCACAAAACGGCACAAUAAAUAUCCUUUGAUGCCAAAACAAAAACAAACAAACAGGCAGAUAUUUAUACGUAUAUAUAUACAUAUAUACAUACUGUU